AUGAAUAUUGUACCUUUUAACGGUCUUUCUAAUGCCAAAAAGGAAAUCCGUAUCCUUGAACUUAGUGCACAACUUCCUCUAGAUGGUCAUUUAGUCAGAGCCUCGUUACACAAUAUACACAUCAACUAUGUAGCGCUAUCAUACACCUGGGGCGACCCUAUUACAUACAGCGCGACGAACCGUUACCAUAAAAACCAGUCUGUUUGCAUCAACGGAAUGCAGCUGAGUGUAGCCGGGAAUCUGGCUGCCGCGUUACACUAUCUCCGGAAACGAAAAGUCAGCAAUAUAUGGGUAGAUGCACUGUGCAUUGAUCAAGGAAACAUACAAGAGCGAGGGGAUCAAGUCAAGAUGAUGGGUGAUGUGUACCGAAAAGCAACACGUGUCUUGGUAUGGUUGGGCCCCGCGACAAGUGACAGCGACCUUGCGAUGAGAUUUCUUGCGCUCUUAGCCCGCUGUGACACAAUGGCAAACCCGAAGCGGGCAUUCCUAGCCUAUGCUGAAAUGCGAUACUACGACUCAUGGAUGGCAUUAAAGCAUUUGCUGAAACGCACCUGGUGGAAAAGAGCGUGGGUAAUCCAGGAAGUCGCAUUAGCAAAAGAGGUGGAAUUCGCAUGCGGAGAUGAGACGAUCUCAGAAUCUGAAUUUACGAACGUCGAACGACUGAUUACCAAAUACUGGGCCUUUGUAUUUCCGACUGACCUCAAUAAGAGAGUCGGACUGACAGGGCGUAUGCUGGAUCCUUUUCUGUUCCUGUCGCGCAUGCGCAUCUUCAUGCAGACAGGGAAGAAGCUCGAAGUACUUCCUCUAUUGUGGUUAACUAAGCAAACCCUUGCCUCCGAUUCUCGGGAUAUCUUGUUCGCAAAAUAUGGCCUAUUAGGAGACAAAGCCACUACGCUUUGUUCUCCAGCCUACACUGCACCCUUUGAUGGCAUUUGUCGGAGGUUCCUAGAAGCAUAUAUUGAGAAGGAGAAAGAUUUAUCGAUCAUCUGCAAUGCUGGGUUAUCUUUCAAUGGUCGCACCAGUAAAUUGCCAUCGUGGUUGCCAGACUGGGGUACUUCGAAUCCGGCCUAUCCUCUGCAGUGUUCUUGGGAUGGCGGUUGGCCUGUCUAUAGAGCGUCUGGGAACACGGUGCCUGAUGUGAGAUUCUCGGAAGAUGGAAGCGCUCUCUAUGCAAAAGGUAUCAUGAUUGAUACCAUCGACGGUAUACAGUUUGAUCCAUGGUGCCGUGAGAGCUUCGAAUGUGGCAAGGGGCGCCAAUCACAGUCGGAAACCUGCGCUUACGGAGAUGGAGAAGAGCUCUUUGAAGCUCUUUACCGUACGGUCGUCGCAGAUACAUACCGUCAGGAAGCACCUUUUGUCCCCGAAAAGGCCCCUAGGGAGUUCGGCUACCUCUUUGCGAGGAAAUGCAGGGAAUGCGAUGAAGAUCUCGCCGUCUUAAACGAGCCGCAAGGUUACAUGCCAACCAAGGCUCAUUCUAACGCUUCGAACAUUGAGAAGCGAUGGCAUGGUAUGAGAAAUCUUCGAUUGGGAAAAACAUUCCUAGCUGAGGUUGUUGGCAAGGCCUUGUUGGAGUUUCCCGGAUCCGAGUCCGAAACUAUGGGUGUUCAUGAUGAACCUAUCGCGAAUCACCAUUUAUGGGCAUCCUUUGAGCAUAGUAUUGGACAAGCUAUGAUGCACAGAAGAAUCUUUACAACUCGUAACGGAUAUCUUGGUCUGGGUACUCGUACGCUGAUGACGGGAGAUAAAAUAUGCGUGAUGCUAGGCUGCGCCACACCGUUGAUUGUCAGAGCAAGCUCGAACAAGGAUCAUUACAUGCUUUUGGGCGAGACUUAUAUCCAUGGUAUAAUGAGUGGGGAGGCGAUUGAACGGUACCAAGUGGGGAGAGAAGUCGAAAGUUGGAUUGGGCUUCGCUAG